ACCGAAAGUUAGGCUGAAAACGCACAGCAAAGAACUUAGAAUGCUUUCCUGGUGAGAUGACAGUACAGGUUAUAGUUUGUAGUGUUCGUGUAAAUUAUUUAUUGGGAAGCAUUAAUUCCUAACGCGUCUGUAUAUUCGUAAGCCCACCAUGUUGCUUUAAGUAAUAAUGUUAGCAUAACAGUAACGGCGGAGAGGGACAGCCUGUGUGUUACAGUAACGUGUGGACGGUGGAUUCAUGGUUUUGGGUGUGAAUAUAUUGCGAUAAGUGAGACUUAAGUCCACUGUACAGCUGUGCUGUAGUCUGCUCCCACCACAGACAUGGACCCGGACACUGAAGUUGAAAGCAUCUUAAGGCAGAGGAGUGAGGACAAGGAUGAGGAGGAGAAGAAGAAGAAGUGGAAGAGGCCUCCCUCCAGCUAUGGGUCAAUGAAGAGUGACAGUGAUGUGAUGGAGGAAGAGGAGAAGGAGCAGGAGUGGAAUGAAGAGGUUGCAGAGGCCUGUGCUUCACUGUUUCCCGUAGUACUACCUGACUCGACUGCCUGUGGGGGGACAGGGUUGCAGAUGGUUCGCUCAGAGUCUCCAGAGACCCUCUACACCAUGACCACAGAGCAGACCAAACCACCCGGGGCUGCCGUCAUUGACACCUGGUUGUCUGAUCCGGGGGAUUUGUCAGAAGACACUGAGGAGGAUUUGGAUGAACUUUUGGUAACUCAUUCCCCAGAACCACCAGAGCCAGUUGAACCAGAUGACAUAAUGCAGACUGAUGAGAACAGCCAGCCAGGCAGACUGCACCCAGAACAGGACCUGCCUCACAUAUUCAAGAGUAUCCAGGAUACUGUGACAGGCCUCACCAAGGAAGAGCUAUUCAAAUUUAAGAUGAGGUUUUACCAGUGGGAACAAAGCAUGACCCUGCAACAGGUGAUGGAGGGAGACAUUCUUGAUUUUGUGGACAGGAUCCUGGAGAUCCUUGGCCAGGACCGUUCCUUGUUCCAUACAAUAAGUACCCUAGAAAGUAUCAACAAGAAACCAGAGGCAGACAAACUACAGAAUCAGUGCAAGAGAGCGUUGAUCCGUUUUCACCUGACGCAGCAUUUGAUCAGAAAACACCAAGUCAUCCGCGAGGGGGUCGUUCGAGCCGGGAAGCAGAAUCUUCUAGAUACCGUCUACGUUGAGCCCCAGAUUUCCACUUGUGGUUAUGGAGGAGUUCACCCCUCCCAUGAGCUCCGACCCCACCCCCCGUCACCUCUCCAGGUCCCCAGUGCCGACACCUUCGUUGGCAUCAACAGUCUGUUCCGACUACAGAAGGACGAUGGCCAACCGGUGAGGACGGUGCUGACCACUGGGAUUCCAGGAAUUGGCAUGACUGUCUCUGUGGGGAAAUUCUGCCUGGAUUGGGCAGAACUACGCGCCAAUAAGGAUCUGCAGUUUGUCAUCAAACUUUCAUUCCGGACUUUCUGGUCUCUGCGAAACAAAAGCCCCUUUCCUUCACAGAAGAUGUCCAUCAUGGAAGUGAUAGAGUAUUAUCAUCCGGAGUGCAAAGACAUGAAAUACCUGGAGCAGGAGGACUGUAAAUUUCUCAUCAUAAUGGACUCAUUUGAUUGCUACCAAGCUCCUCUGGACUGGGAGAAUGCUCCAGUAAUAAAUGACAAUUACACCCAAGCACAUCCUGAUGAUCUGAUUGUAAAUAUCAUCCGAGGGACUGUGCUUCGUGGUGCCCGUGUUUGGAUCCUGGGGAGACGGGCGGCUGUCUCGCAAAUACCAUCUCAGUUCAUAGACGCUGUCACAGAAAUACAGGGCUUCAGUGAUGAGAUGAAAGACGCCUACCUGACCAAACGCUUUGGCGACGCCGAGUUAGCAGCAAAGAUCGUGGCCCAUUACAAGCGCCUACCGACGCUCAGUAUACUCGCCUGCCAACCCUUUGUCUGCUGGAUUGUGGCCACAGUGUUCGAGCGCCGCUUCCGUUAUCGGGGCUAUGGGGUGCACCCCCCCAGGCUGACACCAAUUUACGUCAACAUUUUGAUUGUCCAGACCAACCGCAGGCUGCAAUUCUACUAUGGAAAGGGAGAAAACGACCUGAAAUGGUCCAAUGACGACAAGCACCUGCUGACAAAGAUGGGGAAGAUGGCCUUUAAGAUGCUGGAGAGGAAUACCAGCGUGUUCUUUGAAGAGGACGUGAAGGAGUGCGGUCUGAAGUUGAUGGAGGUAGCAGCGCUGUCCGGCAUGUGUACUGAGCUCCCCCCCACAGCCUCAACCGGGAGGAGGACAUUCUGCUUUAUACAUUUGACCUUCCAGGAGUUCAUGGCCGCUCUGUACGUCUUCAUGAUGUUCCGCUCGGAGUCUAAGAACGUUCUGGAGUCCGGGGUAUUGCACAUGCCCAAGAUCUUCACACCCAAGGAUCAGGCCAAAUCAGUAGCAGGCGUGGUCCAGUGUGCCGUGGAGCGAACCCUCAGCUCCCCGCUGGGUCAUUACGACAUGUUCCUGCGCUUUCUGUGCGGCCUUCUUUCCCCGGACUGCCACGACAAUCAGCUGAGCGGGUAUCUCUACCGCCACAACACGCCGAAGGUGAGCGGACUGGACGAGGUGCAGCGGCUGCUGGAGCAGACGAUACAGAAUGCUCAAGAGAACAAUAGUGACCGGGUGGAAAACUUGAAAGAGUGCCUUAGAGAAAUGACCCAGGAAGAUGAGUGAGUCGGGCUUGGAGUGCAUCAAUAAAACUUACUUUAUACGGAUUCGAUGGAUCUCUGCGAUAGAACGAGUGAUCGGAGUGUGAUGCUCAAAACACCGAAAACCCUAAACUGAACUCAACGUGACGUCAAGUCUGUGUGAUAUUGCCUUUGAUAACAUGAAAUUUGAUACAAAUUAUUUUUUGAGUCUGUGUCAGUAGUGUUGCUGCUGUACCAUACCAAUUACAGUGAAUGUCGUUCUGUGCAUUCUACUAGUUAGUAGUAGUGGACUCUAUCCAGCACCACAUCAUGUCUGUCGUGUCUUACAAUGAGCACUAUUGAAGAUUUUCCUUCAUCCAGCCGUCAUUUUUUAUUGCGAAUGUGGAUUUUAUUGUAUUGUGUACGUAUGUGUCUGUGUGUCACUUUGUGUAUGUGUACAUGCUUGCUGAAUUUAGAAAUUGGCUCUUCUGUCUACGUUUUUUUUGCAGCAAGUCUUUCAGCAUCUGUGUGUAUAUUUGUUUGUCUCCUUGUUUACAUGCUACCACAUGACACAUAAGUAGGCUAAUAAGAGUGACUACAGGGUGAAUUCCAGCAGUGAAAUUGUGUUUUUCUCUGUGAAAAGAUGACACUGAAGACUUUUGUCUUCUCUGAAAAAAGGGACAUUUAAGGCUUUGUGUGUUUGAGAAAGUGAUUGUAUUAUAUUGAACAAAUAUAUCAGGUAAAUACCACUGAUAAGGUGAAAACGGAUGAUAUAUAUCCAAGUUUCAUGGACUGGUGCUUCCUAAAUUCUCUCAGUUUAAUUCUUGUCACAUAUUGUCGUCCUGCACUUUUACAAACAACAGCGUUUGAAAUUGGUCUCAGUAAUUUCCUUGGUACAUCUCGUGUUGGUUUGGAGUCAUGUCAUCCUCAACUCUGGAUUUCUUUUGGGUGGUCAUGACGUUGACACUAUUAUUACUAAACAUGUAUCAACAAAAAUAAGAAGAGGACAAGGUUAAGUUGGACGAAUGAUAAUGAACAUGUGCCUGCAUUCAUUACUUACAACCCAGAUUCCAAUAAGUUGGGACUGUGUGAAACAUAAAUAAAAACAGAAUACAAUCACUUGCAAAGAAACUGUGUUUACUGACAGCGGUUUUAUGAAGUGUCCCUCUAGUAAUAUCUUUUA